AUUUAUUUCUUCUUUGUGCCGGCAUUUUGCAAAUUUGUUUAAAUUAGAGGCAAAAAAAGAGUUCCGACGAAACAUUUUAGCAAAAAUAAACAAAAUUCAUAAGGAACAAUGUUCCAAGUAAAGUGAAGUGCAUCAACAUUCCUCUGUUGUAAAGCCCAUUCGAGUGUCACAUGCGAUGUGAGCGCGUGAAUUCAUUUCUUUUGUGCUAUCGCCAGCGCUCAUCGCACCACAAAUUAAAAAGCUAGCAGAGAGCAUUACUCAACGCCGUGGCCAACAUUAGCAAGUAGCUCCCAUUGACAUUGCUUGCUUUGCGUAGCGAAGCGCUAGCUCCUAUUGUUAUGGAAGACGUGCCGGCAACAUCGAGCUUUUAGUCACUUUGCGAGUUUCUCGGCGAUUGGUUGUGGUGGGAGCUUAUGAAUGUUAUAGCGCGGCGACGGACUUGAUGUUAUAAUUUAUUUGUUGUUAUCCAUACCUGCGCUUUUUUUAGCGAUAUUUGUUUACGAACGCAGGCGCAGCCAGGUAACAUAUUGUACUAAGUGCUAAGUGCUUAAGCGUUGAUGAGAAAAUUAAGAAACAAUAGUUAAUAGAAUUUACGUGACUUGACAAAAACGUGUCUAUCAAAAUCAGCUAUUAAAAGAGGAAAACAAUUUCUAAUAAUAAGUGGGAAUUGGUGUAUUUGCUAAGGCAGACUCAGUAUUAACUCGAAAGAGGAACAGCGAUAAUAUAUUAUUGUCACUAUCGCCACUACAAGCUAAGGCCACCAGACGGAGCUAGCUUAUAUCUGUAGUCUAUAUUUACAUACAUGUGAUGAUGUCUCAACGCACUGCUUCAUCCCGCAUGCAAAACUAAUUUAAGUAAAUUUUCGAAUGCCAAAGUUGUUAAAAGACCCAAGAAAAAUCGCUAAAAGCCAACUGAACAGCACUGAAACCCACAUACACAUUUAUAGCUGUGGAUAUUCGUUUGUGCCUUUAGAUAUGCAGGUGCAUAUGUGGCCUCUCAUGUAUUAAUUGGGGGAAAAAAGAAAGUUUAUUGCUGCUCAUUCAGCGUUUUUACCGCCACGAGUGUGAAUAAGUACUUUUGCAUUUUUUUCGUCGCCAAAUAAACACAGCCGUCCACAAUGUUAACCCUAUUUAUUGCGCUUUUUGCUCUAUUUAUAUUCUGCGGCUUUUAUUUUGCCAAAACGUCGAAGGAGAUGCCAAAAAGUUGGUAUGAAUUCAAAACAGAGCUGCGCUAUCAAUAUAUUGGCCUAGUGGGCUUGUAUAACGAUUUCACAUAUCGAUCACGCGAUCGUGUCGCACUUUAUAAGCAACCUGGACGUGUAGCCGUAAUAACUGGUGGCAAUCGUGGCAUUGGCCUACGAACAGUAGAGAAACUGUUGGCUUGUGAUAUAACUGUAAUAAUGGGUGUACGUGAUCCCGUCAGCGCCGAAGCCGCGGUCAGGUCCAUUGUCGAUCUUACAAGCACUGAUGGCAAGCUCAUAUGCGAGACGCUUGAUAUUGGCGAUUUGAAGUCCGUCCAAGCGUUUGCAGAAAAAGUUAAGGCGCGCUAUAACAAAGUGGAUUUGCUAAUCAACAAUGCUGGCAUUAUGUUUGCGCCCUUCAAAUUGACCGCCGAUGGAAAUGAGUCUCAUUUUGCCACCAACUACUUGGGCCAUUUUCUACUCACGCAUCUCCUUUUGCCCGAGCUGAAGGCUGCUGGCAAAGAGGGCAAGAAUGCGCGCAUCGUUAACAUCUCAUCGUGUGUGAAUUUGAUCGGCCGCAUCAAUUACAAUGACAUCAAUGGACUCAAACACUAUUACCCCGGCACUGCGUAUAGUCAGUCGAAAUUGGCACAAAUUCUUGCCACACGCCAUCAGCAAACCAUCUUGGACGCACAAUCGGCGCAUGUGCAGGUGAAUGCCGUGCAUCCAGGCAUUGUGGAUACUGAUCUGUUUGAGCACAGCGCCACCACUUAUGUGCCAUUCAUGAAAAAAUUGCUUUUCAAAACUCCCGAGCAAGGUUCACGCACUGUUGUGUUUGCUGCCAUCGACCCUAAAGUGGAGGGCAAAGGUGGCACCUAUUUGAACAAUGGUGGACUGGGACACAUGCAUCCAGAUGCUAAGAAUCCAGCUAAAUGUGAGAAACUAUUCAAAUAUACCUGCGAGCUGUUGAAAAUUGAAGAAUUCGGUAAUGGCAAAAUUUGAUGCGACCAAGGAGGGAUUUGUGACAACUAACGGAAACUAUGUAUGCCACCGGAUUUGAAGUCAUAUUCAUUGUAUUCCAGUAUAUUUAAACCGCCCAAAACAGUCUGUUUUAUACAUUAUACAAUUUUUUGAGGAAGUGAGGAUAUUUAUUACCGUUAC